GACAUGUUUACAUCAUUUCUUCAUCCGGAUGUGACGGCGAUCCAGGCGAAAUUUGUGUGCAGAUAACCUUGGAAAAAUGAAUAAAUUGGACAUAGCCACAAGCUGUCAGGCAGACUGCAAAAGAUAGAGACAAGAAGUCAUCAAGUUUGUAUGCAGUAUAAAUUACCCCAGCAAGACUUCAACUCUGCCGCACCCAACCACUGCAAGUCAGCAACGCCUCAGCUUGCCAUGGCCACCACCAACGGCGGCGGCGCAGCAACGAACCAUGCCGCGAACGUCGCUGGCCGUGACCACGUCGUCAUCUUCCCCUUCAUGGCGAAAGGCCACACGCUCCCGCUGCUCGACUUCGCCACGGCCCUCUCCACCCACCACACGAGCCUCCGCGUCACCCUGCUCACCACCCCGGCCAACCGCGCGUUCGCCGCCGGCCGCCUGCCCCCGUCGGUGGCGCUGGUCGAGCUCCCGUUCCCGUCCCUGCCGCCGCUACCCGCGGGGAUCGAGUCCACCGACGCGCUCCCGUGCCCGUCCCUCUACCCGGCGUUCCUGCGCGCCACGGCGCUCCUCCGGGGACCCUUCGCCGAGUUCCUGGCGUCGCUCCCGGAACCACCGCUCGUGCUCGUCUCAGACUUCUUCCUCGGGUUCACGCACCGCGCCGCGGCCGACGCCGGCGUCCGACGCGUCGUGUUCCACGGCAUGUCCUGCUUCUCCAUGGCCAUCUGCAAGGCGCUCAUCGUGAACCCGGCUGCGGCGGCGGCCAGCGGCGAGCCUGCCGGCGCUCCGUUCCACGUGCCAGGCAUGCCGGAACACGUGGCGAUCACGGCGGACGAGGUCCCCGACACGGUGGUGAAAUUUGGCAACCCCGAGGACCCCGUGGUCCGGUUCCUCAUCGACGACGUCGGCUUCUCCGACGUGCUGAGCUGGGGCGUCCUGGUCAACAGCAUCGCCGCGCUAGACGACGACUACGUGGCGCCACUCGAGUCGUUCUACCAGUCCGGCGCCCGCGCCUGGCUCGUAGGCCCGCUGUUCCUCGCCGCCGGCGACACGUCGGAGCUCGAGGAGGAGGAGCAAGAUCCCGACGGCUGUCUUGCCUGGCUCGACGAGAGGGCGGCGCAGCCGGGAUCGGUGGCCUACGUGUCGUUCGGCACGCAGGCCCACAUCUCCGAUGCGCAGCUCGAUGAGGUAGCGCACGGGCUGGUGCAGUCCGGCCACCGCUUCCUCUGGGUCGUCAGGUCGGACACGUGGUCGCCGCCGGCGGACGUGGGCCCCAACGGCCGGAUCGUCCGCGGGUGGGUCCCGCAGAGGAGCGUCCUGGCCCACAGGGCAGUGGGAGGGUUCGUGAGCCACUGCGGGUGGAACUCGGUGAUGGAGAGCCUCGCGGCCGGGAAGCCCAUCCUGGCGUGGCCGAUGAUCGCCGAGCAGCACCUCAACGCGAGGCACGUCGCGGACAUCGUCGGCGCCGGCGUCAGGAUCCACACGAAGGCCGGCGGCAUGGCGGGGGUCGACGUCGUCGUCGGGAGGGUGGAGGUCGAGGAGAAGGUCCGGACGCUGAUGGACGCCGACGGCGAGGCCGGGAAGAAGAUGCGGGCGAGGGCGGCGUGGGCGCGGCGAGCGGCGAAGUCAGCGGUCGGCGAAGGAGGAGCUUCACGUGUCGCGUUGGGAAAGCUAGUGGACGAGCUUCAGAGGACCUACGGUGACGUCGUCGAUGAAGGGAAAAUGUAGUUGCUCAUUUGUUGAAGUCUGAAGUGACAGAAGUGUCAAACUACUACAGUAUCCUAACGAAUAAUGCUGAGAUUUGAAAGUCAGAGGAUUGAAGUUACAAGUUUGAGAGUAUUAUAGUCAUCAGAUGCAUUACAUUUUAAGG